AUGGCGACCGUCAUGGACCAGGACAAGCUCUCGGUCGAGCACCAGCAGGCUGAGAACAUCGCCGAGAAGAUGUCGCAUUCGUCAAAGUCGGGUGAGCUCGAGGCGCAAACAGUCGAGUACGAUGAGAAAGAGGCUGCGCGUGUGCUGAGGAAGGUCGACAUGAGACUUGUGCCUUUGCUGUCCUUGCUCUACCUCGUCGCCUUCAUCGACCGAAGCAACAUUGGCAAUGCAAAGAUUGCGGGCAUGACGAAAGAUCUCAAAAUGAGCGGCUCGCAGUACAACACUGCCGUUACGCUCUUCUUCGUUCCAUACACUCUCCUCGAAGUCCCCAGCAACAUUGUUCUCAAGAUGAUGCGCCCCAGCUACUGGAUGGCGAUUCUGAUGUUCAGCUGGGGUCUCGUCAUGACGCUGAUGGGCCUGACGUCCAGCUACGGCGGUCUUCUCGCAGGCCGCUUCUUCUUGGGUGUUACAGAAUCGGGUUUCUUCCCUGCUGCAACAUUCCUCCUAACACUCUGGUACCGCCGCUUCGAAGUCCAACGCCGCAUGGCCGUCUUCUACAUCGCCGCCUCUCUCGCCGGCGCCUUCAGCGGUCUCCUCGCCUACGGCAUCGAAAAGCUUGACGGGCGUUCCGGACGCGCAGGAUGGCAGUGGAUCUUUCUAAUCGAAGGUCUCAUCCCCAUUGCCCUCGCCCUCGUCAUCUGGAAGAUCCUCCCGGACAGCCCUGAGACGGCGAAAUUUCUCACCCAGCCCGAACGCGAUCUCCUCGUUGCUCGUCUCUCUAACGACGCAGGCUCGGGCCAGGGCCAAACGACAAAUGCCGAUAAGAUUGGCAAGCAGCAGAUUCUCGCCGGACUCUCAGACUGGAAGAUUUGGGCUGCGACGGUUGUUUUCUGGGGCAACACCGUCGGUGUGUAUGGCUUCACCGCGACCGUGCCUUCCGUCAUCCAAGGCCUCGGCUACACGAGCGCAAACGCGCAGCUCCUGACCAUCCCCAUCUACGUUUUCGCCGCGAUCCUAACGCUGAUAUUCGCCUGGGCCUCUGAUCUGACGCGCCGCCGCUCUCCCUACAUCAUCGCGGGGUACUCCAUCGCCGUCGCGGGCUUCAUCGCGCAGCUCGCGAUCCCGAAGCCAAAAUACCCGGGUAUCACCUACGGCUUCCUGUUCCCCGUUGCCGGCGGGCUCUACUGCCCCUUCACGUGCCUGGUAUCGUGGAUCGGAAACUCGCUGGCGCCGUCGUCCAAGCGCGCCGUCGGCAUGGCGCUCCUGAUUUCCGUGGGGAACAUGGGCGGCAUCAUGGGCAGCAAUGUUUAUCUUGCGCGCGAGGCCCCCAAGUACACGACGGGUUUUGCCGCCAGUUUGUCCAUGUGCUGUCUCGCUAUUCUCAUGACGUUUGUGCUGCGCUGGGCGUACUCAAACGAGAAUAAGAAGCGCGAUUUGCUGAUUGCGGAGCACGGCGAGGACGCGAUUCGCGCAAGGUACUCGGAGGAGGAAUUGCUGCUUAUGGGAGACAAGAGCCCGUUUUAUAGGUAUACUUUGUAA